UCACCGUGUCAGCCACAGCUACAGCCAAGAAGAAAGCUUGGUUGCAGAAUCGUUCAAUCCACUCAUAAAUGCACCACUACGUCUUCACUCCCUCAUUUGCAGUGACACCAAUCCAAGCCGAAAACAUAUGCACAUAUACCAUAGCGUUCAUCUCAGACAGACCUGUCAAGCUCACGACUAGCUGACUACGCAGCACUUCUCCAUCUCUAUGAGCUCGAAUGACCGCAGCAACCGCCGGAGCGAAGGCAUCGUCACGGGAAAGCACUCGUCCAUCCGUGCCUCAUAAUCAGCAGCGGAACGUGCAGGCGACUCGGUCGUGAUCAGGUGCAUGCUGCCACCCGAGAUCAACAGCCAAGCGGCGACAGUGUCGCCUGGUCGAAAGCCGCUCACAACCACAAGAUGCAGGGCAGUUGGAUUUGCAGCAUUUAGAUCCCCGCCGUCUUCCAAACAGUCGACCGCGAUGCCCAGCUGCUCCGGGAUGUCGUCUGUGAUCAGCGACCGAUACCGCUCACCCGUCUCGUCGAUCUGUGCAUUAAAAAUGACCGGGUGCUGAUGGGUCCAGUCGAAACAGAUGUUGUGCAGCAGAUACGACGAGAAAGUGCGGUACAACCCUCCACCCGCGCGGAUGACCGGAUCUCCUCUCUUGUAGCCCUCAGCGUAGGGGUGGCCGCCCGGCAGCUCACCCAAAGGCACCACGUCAAAAGUGUGGUAGUGGGUGCCGAUCCAGUAGUCGCCGCCAUCGGCCUGGUCCACAGGCUCCACAGCCAGGGAAUCUCCUCGGAAUGUCAGUUGGUGGCCGAUCGCCCUGAGGAUGGCCAUUGCAAAUGGCAAUCUGCGGAAGCCCCACACGCUGUUGGGCACCGAGAGCACCAGCGGCAGGUCGGUGGCGGCAUUGGCCAUCCCAUGGAUGGCCGCUAGUCUGAUGAACUGCCCGAUAAACCGCCACCCAUCAAUGCCCUGCCCAAAGAAGUAGACGGUCUUGAAGGCCCCCUCCAGGUCACUGACGGUCAAAAAUAAGGCAUCCUGCAGGCCCCGACGGCUCAACGUCUCCUCUAUAUGCUGCUGGACGAGCCUCAGCAUCGUGUCCACAUCAUCAGGGGAGCCAUCGGUGAUCUGUGAGUGGAGAGUGUGGCGCUGCCGGCUGUCUGUCGACAUGGCCAUGGCAGCGGCCUUCUUGAUUGUGAGCGUGAGGAGGGAUGGGAGGGGAGGAGGGCCCGGGGGCUCGCGAUUGACAUGCUGAGCGGGAUGAGGCCGGGACGCCAUCAGACUCCCAACUGAGGGCCUGCGGGCACCACAGACGAAAAGAAGCCGGUAAUUGGUCUAUUUUCCUCUUCUUCUCUUGGUGUUUCUCCCCACCUUCGAUGGAUCAGUGCUCUGAAGCUUCAGAGAGAAGAAAUACGCCUGCACAAUGCCAUCCGAGCCAUAAAUGCAUGUGGAGACGAAAACAAGUCACAAACGCAUCUGUGCUGGUAUUCUUGCUCACCAAAUGUCGUUCAAUCCCCCUUUUCCUUCUCCCUUUCGCCGGCCUUUCGCCUUUCCUUUCUCGAAGCUCGCAGCUAAGCUCGCAGACGGGAAGGGGAAGAAAAGGAAAAAAGGACCCGAGCGGCGUCCACGCACUCAGUAUGAACGGCUACCUGCGGUCUUUUCGCAUCUGCGCUGGUAACCGUCCACGGAAAGAUCUGCAGUGACUGCGUUAUCUGCAGCCACGUGUGCGUGCGUGUGUGUGUGUGUGUGUGCAUCAGCUGCAGCAUGAUCCCGCUGCUGCAUGAACCUGCGCGACGGGGCCGCAGUAAGGGCAGCAGAAGCCGGCUCCGAGUCAGCGGGCGGGAACAUAGGGAGAGGGAGACAGUCAGUCGUGGCCGCAUGAGGACGGCGGCGCUAGAGAAAUGGGCCAUGACAGACUGAUGCUGUGCUGAUGUGUUUCUCAAAGUGAGGGAUUCAUUUGGAGGGUUGCAUAAGGGCCGACCGGGGCAGUCUGUCUGUGUGGUUGUAUGCUGCUCGGGGCUCCUA